AUGCCUGCGGCGGCGGAGCACGCCUGGUGCUCCGUGCCGGGCUCCGGACAGCUGGGAGACCUAGGCCUGGCCAGACGGCUGCCCUUGGGGCCAAGGCACACUCUACACGGGGUCUCGCCUCCCACCCCCCAGCAGCCUCGGCUCUGUCCUCACACAUCCCCAGAGCCCCCAGACCCCGAUGGCCCUCCAGAUCGGCCUGCAUCCCCCGCGGCUUCUGCUUCCUGCCCCGUCCUCCACAUUGCUGCCCCCGCCCUCACCUCUGCCCCUUCUUCCAGUAGCCAUGCACGCACAUCCCUCUGUGGGGCAGGGGGCCUGCUGCUGGGGCCAGGCCCUGAGGUGCGCACAGGCCUGCCCCCUUCCUUCAGCUCUCACCUUGGUCCUGCUGCAGCCUACAGAGUGCGGGAUGCAGAGAUGCGGAAGGUGCCCCCGCGCACUGUGCUCUUUGAGCGGGAGAGGACCGGCCUGACCUAUCGCGUGCCAGCCCUGCUCCCGGUGCCCCCCGGGCCCACCCUGCUGGCCUUUGCCGAGCAGCGCCUCAGUCCCGAUGACUCCCACGCGCACCGCCUGGUGCUUCGGCGCGGGACGCUGGCCAGGGGCGCUCCGCAGUGGGGCGGCCUGCGUGUGCUGGAGACGGCGGCCCUGGAGGGGCAUCGCUCCAUGAACCCCUGCCCGGUGCAUGAGGCGCGCACAGGAACCGUCUUCCUGUUCUUCAUCGCGGUGCUUGGCCACACCCCUGAGGCCGUGCAGAUCGCCACCGGCCGCAACGCUGCCCGCCUCUGCUGUGUGACCAGCCGCGACGCGGGCCUCACCUGGGGCCCAGCCCGGGAUCUCACUGUGGAGGCAGUGGGCCGCUCGGAACAAGAAUGGGCCACUUUCGCAGUGGGCCCUGGCCAUGGUGUGCAGCUGCCUUCUGGCCGCCUGCUGGUGCCGGCCUACACCUACCGCGUGGACCGGCGCGAGUGCUUCGGCCGCAUCUGCCGGACCUCCCCCCACGCCUUCGUCUUCUACAGCGAUGACCUUGGCGGGAGCUGGCGCCACGGGGGGCUGGUGCCCAACCUGCGCUCGGGCGAGUGCCAGCUGGCGGCUGUGGAGGGCAGCCCUGGCGGCCCUGUGCUUUACUGCAAUGCCCGGAGUCCGCUGGGCAGCCGCGUGCAGGCGCUCAGUGACGACGAGGGUGCUUCCUUCCUGCCUGGGCAGCUGGUGCCCUCGCUGGCAGAGACGGCCCGUGGCUGCCAGGGCAGUGUGGUGGGCUUCCCAGCCCCGUCCGCCCACAGGCCUCUGGCCAGGAGCCACUCCCACACCUCACACUCUGGUCCCGUAGUCCAGGAGUCCCUAGAAGAGGGUGCUCAAGACACCUGUGGGGUGGCUGGGGGUGGUGGGAAUGUCCUGGGGGAGCCUGGCUGCGGUCCUUGCCUCCAAGGGGAGAGCUGGGCCUCUGUGGUCCAGGCUCCCAGCCCCACGUGGCUGCUCUAUUCCCACCCGACUGGGCGCCGGGCUCGGCUCCACAUGGGUGUGUGCCUGAGCAUGGCCCCAUUGGACCCACACAGUUGGACAGAGCCCUGGGUGAUCUACGAGGGGCCCAGCGGCUACUCUGACCUGGCAGCUCUCCCAGGGGUGCACCGGGGUGGCCAGGCCUUCGCCUGCCUGUACGAGAGUGGGACACGGGUCUCCUACGAGGAGAUAGCCUUCAGCCUGUUCUCCCUGCGUGAUGUGCUGAACAAUGUCCCCCCAGAGAAGGAACAUGCUGGCUGCCUGCCCUCCUGA